AUGUCAACUGGACCUCUCCGCAGAGGGCUCUCCCAGAUCCUCAAAAAAGACCCCUCAGACAUCGUGAUUCUCUCUUCCCUCCGCACCCCUAUAACCCGCUCCUACAAAGGACAACUUUCCUCCGCCUACCCCGAACAACUCCUCCACACCGUUCUCAAAGCCACCCUAUCGGCCAAUCCCUCUCUAGACCCCUCCCUCAUCGACGAUGUAUGCAUCGGCGUCGUUUUAUCCGAACUCGGCGGUUCCAAAGCCGGCCGCAUGGCUAUGAACCAUGCAGGCUAUCACACACGAACUGCUUUCUCUACUACCAACCGCGCGUGUAGUUCGGGGUUGCAGGCUAUUACCAAUAUUGCGAAUUCGAUUGCGAUGGGCGGGAUCAAUAUAGGAAUUGGAGGGGGAAUGGAAAGUAUGUCGCGGAAUUAUGGUUCGAAAGCUAUUCCGGUGGAUUUAUGGCCGGAGCUGAAGGAUGCGGAGAAGGAUACGAGGGAUUGUAUUAUGCCGAUGGGAAUCACGAGUGAGAAUGUAGCGAGUCGAUAUGGAGUGAGCAGGGAAGAACAAGAUGCGUUGGCGGUGGAGAGUCAUCGGCGGGCGGCGGAGGCGCAGGAUAAGGGAUGGUUUGAUGCGGAAAUCGUACCAGUAACUACGAUGUGGCAGGAGACGGGGCGCGGGGGAGUGAAAGUGGGGGAGCCUAGGGAAGUGACUGUUACGAAAGAUGAUGGGAUCAGAAAGGGAGUCACGAUGGAAAAUAUGCAGAAGUUAAAACCGGCGUUCAAGGAAGAUGGGAUGUCAACAGCGGGCAACUCAUCGCAGAUCUCCGAUGGGGCCGCAGCUACGCUGAUGAUGCGUCGUAGCACUGCUACUUCUCUAGGAUUAUCAUCUUCGAUUAUUGGGAAAUGGUCUGGUACGGCCAUAGCCGGUUGUAGACCGGAUGAGAUGGGGAUUGGGCCCGCGCUUGCGAUUCCAAAGUUGAUGGAGCAGGCUGGGAUUCUAAAGGAAGAGGUGAAUGUGUGGGAGAUUAAUGAGGCGUUUGCUAGUCAGGCGAUUUAUUGUGUGCGGGAAUUAGGGUUAAUGAGUGCGUAUGAGAAGGGCGAUGUUAAUCCUAAGGGAGGGGCCAUUGCGUUGGGUCAUCCGUUGGGUGCUACGGGGGCGCGAAUGGUGGCGGGGUUACUGGCGGAGUUGGGGAGGAGAGAGGAACGGGUGGGUGUGGUUAGUAUGUGUAUUGGGACUGGUAUGGGCAUGGCGGGUUUGUUUGUUAGGGAGUAA